UAUAUAUUUGUGAAGUAAAAAGGGGAUGAAAAAAAGAAAUAAUGUAGAUCUAAAAAUUAGCUUGAAAAUAAUUUCCGCAGCACAACAACACAAGUCGUUUCGUAAACCUUUAGCAAGUUGUUGUAAAAUGUUAAUAAAAGCCUACAACAGAUUGCCAGCGGAGGUAAUGUGUCUAAGAAGACACCUUCCAUUAUUUCUGCUAUUAAAAACGUUUUGCAGGUCAUUGUAGUCAUAAAUAAUUUUCGUAAACACUUUUUUCAUGCUCCAAUAUAACAUGGAAGAAGAUGUUGUGUAUGUUAACGAAGUUGAUAGCAUUUAUAACGAUAGUAAUAUUUGGGAGCUGCAAACGGUCACUAGUUCAGAAGAACAUCAACUCGAAAAUGCAUUGAUGGUUUGGUCUCAAAAACAACAACAGCAACAACAACCGCAUCCACAGCAGACUCAAUUAAAAUUAUCACAAUAUAACAAUAAUACAUUUCUUUUUUACAACAAUAAUAAUUUAAACGCAACAGCGAAUCUCAAUUUGUGGUACACAGAAAAUCAAAUAGAUUCGACUUUACUAUCGCCGUCGUCGUCACAAUUAUCGUCAGUAACAACAACACUAGCGACUUUAUUUUAUGUUAACAUUUCGAACGCCACCAUAACCAGCCCGGGAAAAGAAGAGUUGUUAACCUCUUCUGCUGUCGUCGACAACACCACCAACAACCAUUUGAAUAACUACUGGGCUUUAUUGGCAUUGAUUUUAGUAAUUGGCACAGCAGCCGGUAAUAUACUUGUCUGUUUGGCCAUUGCCUGGGAACGACGCUUACAAAAUGUUACCAACUAUUUUCUGAUGUCGUUGGCCAUUACUGAUCUUAUGGUUGCCAUACUGGUUAUGCCUUUGGGUAUACUAACACUGGUCAAAGGUUAUUUUCCUUUGGGCUCUGAACAUUGUCUAACUUGGAUUUGCUUGGAUGUUUUAUUUUGCACAGCGAGUAUUAUGCACCUAUGCACGAUUUCAGUGGAUCGUUAUUUAUCGCUGCGCUAUCCAAUGCGUUUCGGCCGCAACAAAACACGUAGGCGUGUCACAUUAAAAAUAGUCUUCGUUUGGCUUCUAUCCAUUGCCAUGAGUUUGCCGUUGAGCUUAAUGUAUUCAAAGAAUCACGCUUCCGUCCUGGUGAACGGCACCUGCCAAAUACCAGACCCGGUUUACAAAUUGGUCGGAUCGAUUGUUUGCUUUUAUAUACCGUUGGGUGUUAUGCUACUAACAUAUUGCUUAACGGUAAGAUUAUUAGCACAGCAGCGUCAAAACUUAGGUGGCACAAAUCAAGCUGCAACACCUGGCUGGGCUAGCAGUUGGUUGGGACAAGCACCAGCUAUCGAACGUCGUUGCACUUGGCGUCGUUUUCUAAAAACUGGUCAAAGUGCAACUUCAUCGACUUUGCAUGCACACUCGGCGAACUCGACCGAUACGGAGUUAUCAACGCUUGAUAACCAUGAGUUGUGGUUGCCAGAAUCAAGUGUGCCUGAACCCACACCUACCGCGAUGACUGCUUUACAUCAAUUCGGAGCAGAAAUGUUAAAAUUGUCACGCGGUUUAGAAUCAGUGGCUACAUCUUCAACUGAAUCACCUGCCAAAUCGGAAUUGUCAACGACACCAAAUCAUACAAGCUGUAACGCGACACAUACCCAAAACAACCUUCAUAUCACUCGACAGCAACGUAUUAAGGAACAGUAUCCAAUCUCAGAGAGUUUGAAUGGCGAGCCAAAGCAAAAGCCAGCUAAGCAACAAAAUGUUAACAGUGCAGAACAAGCACAAAGUCAACAGCAACAACAUACACAAUUUCGGAAGAAUUCAUGCUCUAGGCAAUUAUUUAACUCAUCUAACAAUGUAAAGGAAUUUAAAGCCAGAAUCCGUUCUCCUUCACCACGAUUUUCGAAGGUGCACAACAAAAGGCGGAGAACUUCCGAAACAGUUCAUACCCACCAUUUAGUAAAAGGUCGCACAUCGUCACCUAUGCCAAGUCGUAAAAGGUAUCACAGCUUGCCCAAAAACACUUUGUUCGUCAUGAGGGAACGAAGACCAUCAGUCUGUUCUUUGCCUAGUAAAUCGUCCGACGACGAAGAAAUGCCUCAAGACACCAAUAUAAAUAAGACAAGCCAUUCCGAUUCUGAAAUGGAUAUACCACAUAUUUAUUGCAUUAAUGCUAAUGGCAACAGCGAAUAUCUACCUUUGCCCACCGUAUGCACCUGUCCGUACUUCGGUAACCGCCCUUUAGUGACUUGCAGAAAACCGGCAGAGAUCAAAAUCAUACCCACCAACUUUAUUAUAACCUCCACAGCCACGGUAACCACCGCCACGACCAAUGUCAAUACUUUUUCCUUAAAUGCUUAUACGAAAGCCGCUUUAAGUAAGAAACCGUCGAGCAAUUCUUUAACUGUAGAUGCAAGUGUUGAUGGAGAUCACUAUUUGGCAGCCACGCAGACACCUAAACGCAAAUUAAGCAUUUCGAAAACCGCCUCAAUAGUCACUUGGGAUACGGAUAGUUGUUAUAGAAGACGAGGCUCUAGUUUUGGGGGAACACGGACGUCACUGCUGUUGGCGCCCACCAAAACUUCUUUACUGUCGAGUACGUCUGCUCCUUUACAUCGUUCAGCAACUUUACGUAACCAGAUUAUUAACCAUAAUGACUUGUCAACCGCUGGUAGUGUGAAAUCGAAAGGAAAAUCGUUGCAGUCUCCUCCUUGUCUUUUGCAGCGAAAUCAGACUGUACGGUCGCAACAUUCCCGAAAUUCCAGUGUAAUCUCACGAAAUUCAUCUCGUCACGGACGUAUUAUACGUCUAGAGCAAAAGGCCACUAAAGUAUUGGGAGUAGUAUUUUUUACAUUUGUCAUACUUUGGUCCCCAUUCUUCGUUUUGAACCUCUUGCCUACGGUAUGCAAAGACUGUGAACAAAAUAUUGAUCAUUGGGUAUUCGAUGUUGUCACAUGGCUUGGUUAUGCCAGUUCUAUGGUGAAUCCCAUAUUUUAUACAAUAUUCAAUAAAGUUUUUCGGCAGGCCUUUAAAAAGGUGCUCUUAUGUCGUUAUUCCAACAGUACAUCCGGUUGGCGUCCUCACAGGUAGCGCGUACCAGUAAUUAGAUGUAAUAUGGAAUAUGAACCAAAUGAGAAAACGGAUUGCAGCUUAACCGAGAAAAUGACAAACGGCAAAUGUCAGCGUUCCAGCUCCAUGGGAAAGACAUUCCACUGGCGGAGCACGUUACUUGGCACCCAAAGUCGGAGCAGAUGAGGGAUGAAAAUCGCAUUGGACAAUAUAUCAAUUGUAAUCAAUCAUCAGCCGGAUUGAAAGAAGCCCUCCUAAGCAACUAAUUCACUCUCGGAAAAAUUUAUGGCGACGGCUUACUUCUGGCAAAAUUUAAGUGAAAAAAUAACAUAAAACAAAAAUUAUCCAAUAGCUGUAUAAAUGUGUACAUAAGUGUUUCUUUAUAAUAAGACUUUAAAAAAAAAUGAUAACAUUUUUUAAUUACUUACCACAUACCAUAAACAUCUUUGUACAUACGUGUACAUUAGUCAAAUAGUAAGAGGGGAAAGUCUACGAACAUAAAACGCUUUAAAACUAAUAAAAAAUUUUUAAGGAAAAAUCUCUGCUAGAGAGAACCGCUUAGCUGACGUGUGAACGUGUGAUAUGUGGAUGCUUACAGGAAAAUAAACCAUAUAAACUAUAUAGCAUUAAGUUACACGAUAUAUAAUUUAUAUAAUAUAUUGUCAUGUUGCCCGUAUAGCCGGUCACCAAGUGAUGAUGCAUUGGUAAACGAAAAAAAUUGAGAUAAUUUAGAUCAUGAUUUUUGUUUUCCAUCAACGUUUAUUGUCCAAAUAUUGACCGCAAAAACGCUUUCAUGAGGUCAAAUCAAAUAAGAAUGGCAUAACUUUCAAUAAGUCAGUGGAAAGCUUACUUUUAAAGGAAAGAUUGCCUGGUUUUUGAUAGAAAAUUUAACAUUAUCUUCUAAGUAUUCGACAAUCAAGCGAAAGGAGAAUAAAUAUUUCCAAUAUUUACAUUCUAACAAGUGGUCGCUCAUUUAUUUC